CCGCACUUGUUCGGAGAAGAACGUAAACGAGAACCAUAAUGGGCAAGAAAAGUAAAAAGCAAAAAGAUGUUGUUGCUGGAAAACGAGCCAACACUCCUGAACAUAAAGAAUUAUCAAAGGCUUCUAAAAAAGAAUUGAUGGAAUCAGCAACAAAUCUCCUGGAGUUUUGUUCAAAACCUAUUCCUCCUGGUCCAAAAGAGAUAGAAGAUUUUCCAGAGAUUUUCAGCAUGGUGGAGAAAAUUCGUAGCAUUCAGACAGAUGUAACAUACACACAACCAGAGAGAGGAACAUGCAUUUCUGCAUUUAUAGAAUGGUUGAAUAACAACAAAGUUGAUACAUUAGCCAUAGAAAUAGAAAACUUCCAACAUGUAGGAUAUGGGAUCAAGGCAACCAAAGAUCUCAAAGAAAUGGACCCUUUUGUGAUUGUUCCUCGGAAGCUAAUGCUAACAACUGACACAGCUAGAGCAUCAGGAUUAGAUGCCUUGAUUGCUGAAGACAAGAUCCUACAGGCGAUGCCAAGUAUUGUAUUGGCACUUCACCUUCUGUGUGAGAGAAGGAGUACAGAGUCCUUCUGGAGGCCAUACCUUGAUAUGCUUCCUAGCCGAUAUACCACACCUUUGUACUUCUCACCAGAGGAGCUGGCUCUGCUGAAGGGAUCCCCAGCCUACAAGGAUUGUGUAAACCAAUACCGGAAUAUUGCACGUCAGUAUGCUUACUUCUACAGAGUGUUACAGAAUCAUCCUGCUGCCUCCAAACUGCCCAUAAAGGACUGUUUUACUUAUGAUGAUUACAGAUGGGCAGUAUCUACAGUAAUGACCAGACAGAACCAGGUGCCCACACCAGAUGGAGAAAGAUUAACCUUUGCCCUCAUUCCAUUGUGGGAUAUGUGUAAUCACUGUAAUGGAACGAUAACAACAGAUUACAAUGUUGAGGAUGACUGCAGUGAGUGCUUUGCUCUCAGAGAUUUUGCUAAAGGAGAACAGAUUAUGAUAUUUUACGGUGCCAGAUCUAAUGCAGAGCUUCUUAUACAUAGUGGGUUUGUCUACCCAGACAAUGAAUGGGACAGAAUAGCCGUUAAACUAGGCAUCAGUAAAGGUGAUCCUCUGUUUGACAGCAAAUCUGAUUUACUGACAAAGUUGGGACUGGAAGUCUCUCGUUCCUUCUUCAUACAUCGAGGGAGAUUUCCACUUGAUCCACAAAUCCUUGCCUUCCUGAGAAUCUUCUGCAUGUCUGAGGAGAAUCUGAAGGAGUUGCAGUCGUCUCCCCUGACGGAAGAGAAGAUGGAGAGUCUUGGUGAGGUUUCUACCCCCGUAUCAAUUGAAAAUGAUGAGAAGGUGUGGUCAUUUCUAGAGACCCGCACAGCUUUGUUACAGAAAGCUUAUGACACCACUGCAGAGGAAGAUGAGGAGCUUAUAAAGUCAUCAGAUUACAAUGAAAACCAAAAACUGUUGAUUUGUCUACGUAGGUGUGAAAAAAGAAUCUUGUUAUCAACACAAACAUAUGCCAAAACAAUGAAAGAAACAUUGAUUUCAAAACAGAACAAAGAUUGACUGUUGUUACGUCACUAGAAACAAAGCAUGGAAGACAUUGUGGAAUUGCAGCUGCUGAAACAGAUAUCAUCUCUGUUCGAAUCUUGAAAUUUCAGGGUUUUUAAAUUAUACUGUUCAGGUAUUGCAACAGCACUGUGAAUAGACCUACAUUUGAUUUCUAUUCCUCUAUAAAGAAACAGAUAAGCAUAUUUCUUCAUUAGGUAUACAUGUAGUAUAUAUUUGUAGUGUGCAUUAACUGAUAAAACAUUGAUAAACAUAACUUCCUGUGUAAAGGUCUCAAGCUAGAUCGCUUUUAAAAUACAAGAUUAGAACAGCUAUAAUUGUGAUAAAUUGGGUUUGAUUAACCAGGCAGUGAUACAUUUGUGUGUGUAGGAUAUCUGAACAUAGUGCUACCAGUUUCCUUAUUUCUAUACUUAAUUGCUGUAUGAGUUCAUGUCGAAAGCAUCAUUAUAAUUGGAGAUUCACGUUGAUAUGACUGGAGUAAUUGAUGAUGUUGGCAUUUUACACAUAUAAACUCUUAAUAUUAAUACAUCAUUGAAAGAAGUGAAAAACACGUCAUGCUAAAUCUGCAUGAAUUAAAUUAUGAAUGAAUGAAUUUGAAAUUGUUUGUCUUUGGUCGCUUUUACAUAACUGGUUGAAACAGUUGGAUGGGUUAAACAUGCAAGAAAAUUGCCAGAUACAGAUCUGUACCAAGGCAAUACAAUAGAAUAGUCGGCAGAUUGAAGGGCUCAGUUGUAAUUGUCAAAAACGAACUUGCUGGAUGACAUUAGUUUUCAUAAUUUCAGCAUAAAGCAGGAUUGGUACAUGUACAAUAAUUGUACAUAUUUCCAUGCUGAUAAGUACAUGUUAAAUGGAUGGCAUCAUAUUUGUUUAGUUUAUGCUUGACAGGAAAUUCAUUAAUGGGAAAUCUUAAACUUUAUAUCAAACAUUCAGUACAUGUGCAUUCAUUUAUUUUUUAAUAAUUCCAGACCACUUGAAUUGUUUCAACUAGUUUAUGCAAAAGUGGCAUUAAUGUAUGAUGUGCACCAGGUUUGAUUUGUUGUUAUAACUUAAUAUUUAUAUCAGAACAAACUGCUUCUGAUAAAAGAUCACAAGAUGUUCACAUCUUCCAGAUAGGAUCUAAUGUGUCGUUACUUUCAUUGUAAAAAUCUUCAAACUUAAGCUGUUGCAAAGAUGCAAAAACCAGUAAACAAAAUUUCAUAACAUUUUGUACGAUGUUGGUUGUGUAUAACAUAAACCUGCAUCACUAUGUAUUAUUGUAUCUAUUCACCUAUCCACCUGAUUUCAGUUUUAUAUCAUGUAAUUGUUGAUCUUUUAUAAUUAAUGUUUCAAAAGUCGCAAUCCAAUCUAUGUGUAAGAAAAUCCAUCUUCUAUAAUUAGCCUACAGGUGUCAACAAAAUGUGGUGUUAAACUGAGGCAAAUUCCGGCAAGACAGGUUUUCAUCACAAAUCACAUAACCUAGACUUAAUUAAAAUAGAACAAGGAAUUUCCCUGACAUCAGGUUAUUAUUACAAAUUGACAACCUUGAUUAAAAAUAAACUUAUCUUAGUCAUAAUAGGGACAUCUUAAAUGUGGUAUCAUAUGAGGAUUUUCAGUCUUGAAAAGGUGAUAUUUCCAAAGUCAAUAUCACCUUGUGGAGAUUGACAAAUCCUCAUAUCAUGUUUAAACAAGAGACAUUAAUUGACAUAAGUUGUGUAACAUUAAUUGGUGACUGAACAAGUUUCAUCUACCUGUUAAGAAUUUAAAACAGUAAACCUUGUCAUGGUGAAAGUUGAUCAAGGUUGUGCAGUUGAACUAACUUAGAAGCUAUCUUAUCAUAUGCACAUCGACUAGAUAGUAUAGUAUAAAGGUUUCAAUUGUAAUGUUAUGGACCAUUAAUUAUUUGAAGUUUUCAUAAGGAAGACUGGAUGGAGUACAGGGCCAGUCCUCGCUAUGAAUAAAUAUAUACCAGGCAUCUGUAUAUUAUAAGGUGGAAAUUUGGCUAGAUUGAGAAAAUCACUUGUAUAAGAAGACAAAAUUUUAAAUGUUGUAAACAAGGAUAUAGUCAUUGAGAACCCCUGCCAAGGGAGAACUGCCAAGGGAGGUUUAAUUUCAUGGUUUGUUUCCCAUGACAAUGAAGAAAUAUCAGAAAUGGAAACCCUAAUAGCAAGUGACAGGCAUUUGAUUGUUGUUUCUACGAUAAGUGUUUUCAAGUUAUGGUCAGGAAACAGUGAUGUACAUUGAAGCAUUUUACAAAAUAAAAAAUCUACCAAUUUUUUUUUAAAUAUUUAUACAAAACAAAUUUCCCUUCACCUGAGCAUGCCUGGGACUAAAUUUGGACAAUAUCCUGCAAUUUCUCAAGAGGCGUGAUGAUAGAUUUUAAAGAAAUUGAUAGAUUUUCCCUAUUUGUCCUCACCCCUCUGGCCUCAGGGAGACGAGGCCCAUCUUUUGUACAAAACUGAUUUUUCUUCACCCAAGCAUGCUUCAAUUCCUGAAGAACAUGCAUAGUUUUAAUGGUUUCUAAGUUUGAAGGCUGAAUUUUCAAUUAGACCAAACUGAUAACACUGUCUGUUGUUGUAGUUUAUCAUAUUUGACCCCUGUGAAUGAAGGUCAAGGUCAUUCAUUCAAACAAACUUGGUAGCCCUUCAUCCCAGCAUGCUACUGGCACAAUAUCAUGACACAGGGUCAUUGUGUUAUUGUGAAGAAGUCAUUUCCACACAUUUGACCCCAUGUGACCUUGAAAGUAUGUCAAGGUCAUUCAUCUGAACAUAGAAGAUAGCCCUUUAUCCCAGCAUGCUACUGGCCAAAUAUCAUGACCCUGGACCAUUUGGGUACUUUGAACAAAUAUGACAGUCCUUCAUCCUUGCAUGCUACUGGCCAAAUAUACUGGCCUUGGCUUUUUGGUUAUUGUGAGGAAAUUGUUUAAAGAUUUCUAAUACAUUUGACUCCUGUAACCAAGGUCAUUCAUUUGACCCAAUUAUGUAGUCCUUCAUAUAACCCUGAUAAAUACUAGAUGCAAUAUACCGCUCAGCUAGAGAGAGCUUCUAUUUAGCUCGAUCGGUUGAGCAUCAGACUAGUAAGCCAGGGUUUCUUGGUUAAAAUUCCUAGCAGAGGCAUUGAAAUAUAGAAUGACCUCUGUUACAUUAUGCUUCUGGGCUAGUAUCGUGACCUUGCACCAAUUGUUUAUUUGGAAGAAGUCAUUUAAAGAUGUUAACACAUUUGACCCCUGUGACAUUCAAAAUAGGUCCUCAUUCAUUUGAACACACUUAAAAGCCCUUCAUCCUGGCAUGCUACUAGCCCAAUACCUUGACCCUGGGCCUUUUGUUUUUUGAGAAGUCGUAAAUUGUUUAUAUCUGCUGAUGUACAACGCCGGAAAAAAGACACUCAGUCAUUCAUGAAUUGUUACAAUAUAUACCAAUAGUUGACAGAUGAUGACGGAUGCUGCAGGAUCUCUAUGAAUUAAUAAAUAUUUGUUGUGAUAAAACAGAAAAGCUGUAUUUACUGACAUGUACAGUAAUUUGCUUGCUUAGGAACUAGCAUUGGUAGGUCAUCAGGUGCAGAUAUAGGUUUCCAUUUGAUACUUCAAUAAGCAUAUUUAGAAUAUUGUGUCUAAUUUAGAGUAAUGUGUCAAAAUGUUUUUACCAGUGUCUGUUAUGAUCCUAUAUACCUUUUUCGUAUUUACACAGAAAAUGCAACCUCACAAAUGUAAAUGUCUAGACAUUCAAAUAACCAACCAAGUUUGAACUUUCUUGCAAUCAUGACAACUAAAACACAUACAGAAUAAACAUGUUGAAAAAUUAAUUUUAUAUUUCUACUUCAUGCAGUUUAUGUCUAUCUGACGAACAGCAUGAUCACUGUCUAUAUCAUUAUUUGAAAAAUACAAGUGCAGCUAUAAUCAUUACAAGAGAAAUAAUUAAAAACUGGAAGAAACAACUUAAAUCAAAUCUUCUGAAAAUUAACAUGUUUUUUCAAACUGAGUUAUUUACCCCGACAUUCGAAGACAGAUAUUCAAUAAUGCUUGUAAUUGCAUUAAGAACACUUCCUCUAUUGAUCAGAACUUACAAAAUGUGUAUAAAAUAAAUUUUCAUUUAAUGU